AUGUAUAAUUACAGUUCAGAGGAAAGGAAAGCCCUGGUUGAACUUGUUAGCUAUGUUAAAAGCAUUGGAUCCAUGAUGCAGCAAUGUGAUACAUUGGUGGCUGAUGCUUUAUGGGAAACAAUACAUGCAGAGGUCCAGGAUUUUGUCCAGAAUACAUUGGCUACUAUGUUGAGGACUACCUUUCAGAAGAAGAAGGAUCUCUCUAGGAUUCUUUCUGAUAUGCGGACCCUUUCAGCAGAUUGGAUGGCAAACACAAGCAAGUCUGAAUCUGAGAUGCAUUCUCUGCAGCAUGGAGGGGAAGAAAGCAAAGGAAAUGUAUUUUUCCCUAGGCCUGUUGCACCAACUGCUUCUCAGGUUUCUUUUCUCUCACUUUUAAUUAAUGUUUCUAUUUUUGUGUGUUUUAAUUCUUUGAUGUUAGCUCAGUUUCUAUUAUCAAAAUAAUUGUAAAAACUUAUGUUUGAGAUGAAUUGGACUAAAGGAAACACUUUAUGAUGAAUUGGUUCAAAUUUUUUCACUUAACUAUUAGGGCAAUAUCUUUGUACACCUUCUUCUGUUUGUAUUAUUCUUGUCAGUAAUAAUACAAGUUGUGGUCCUUUGU